AUGUGGAGAAAGCAUGGGGAAGAGGUGCAGGAAAAAAUAGAGUAUAGUGAUGGAAAGGUAGAAGAGGUGCUUUCUGACAGACACCAAAUCCUCACUUUCCACAUUGGUACUAAAAAGGAGAUUGGUGCUGAUGAAAGGAUGACAAUGAUCAGCUUUUCCAAUAGAGAUGUAAAGAAGAUCAUGCCAGAUCAGAGAGUAAUUUAUUAUUAUGCAGAUAUACAGAAAACUCACACUGCUUAUCCAGAUGGCCUGGAGGUGCUGCAGUUCCCUGAUAAUCAGAUAGAAAAACAUUAUCCUGAUGGCACACAAGAAAUUGUGUUCCCUAAUCAAACAGUGAAAUGCUUCUACAGUGAGACUGAAGGAAACCUUUUUCCAGAUGGCACAGUAGUAAAAGUAGAAAAGAACAGAGAUAAACUAGUGGCAUUCAGUGGUGGCCAAAGGGAGAUUCACACUGCACAGUUCAGGAAGAGGGAGUACCUGGAUGGCACCGUGAAAACUGUGUUCUGCAAUGGCAGACAGGAAACCAAGUACUCCACUGGAUGACUCCAAAUCAAAGAUGAGGAGGGUAAUCUCAUCCUAGAUAAGAGGUGA